GCUUCCGGGUCAGGGGGCAGGAGCCACCAUGGAAGUUCACUGGGCCGCGGGGCCACCUAAGCCGCUGGCGGGCGUGUGAGGCGAGUGAGGCGCUACGCGGCCGGCGCUGCCCGCCGUGGACACACACAGGCGGGUCCCGCGGAGUUGUGGCUUCCGCCAUGUCGGUGUUGGGCGAGUACGAGCGACACUGCGACUCCAUCAACUCGGACUUCGGAAGCGAGUCCGGGGGUGGCGGGGACUCCGGCCCGGGGCCCAGCGCUAGCUCAGGGCCGCGAGGCGGCGGCGCGGCGGAGCAGGAGGAGCUGCACUACAUCCCCAUCCGCGUCCUGGGCCGCGGCGCCUUCGGGGAGGCCACGCUGUACCGCCGCACCGAGGAUGACUCACUGGUGGUGUGGAAGGAAGUUGAUUUGACCCGGCUCUCCGAGAAGGAACGUCGUGAUGCCUUGAAUGAGAUCGUCAUCCUGGCGCUGCUGCAGCAUGACAACAUCAUUGCGUACUACAAUCACUUCAUGGACCAUACCACCCUGCUGAUUGAGCUGGAAUACUGUAAUGGAGGGAACUUGUAUGACAAAAUCCUUCGUCAGAAGGACAAGUUGUUCGAGGAAGAGAUGGUGGUGUGGUACCUUUUCCAGAUUGUUUCAGCAGUGAGCUGUAUCCACAAAGCUGGGAUCCUUCACAGAGAUAUAAAGACAUUAAAUAUUUUUCUGACCAAGGCAAAUCUGAUAAAACUUGGAGACUAUGGCCUAGCAAAGAAACUUAAUUCUGAGUACUCCAUGGCUGAAACACUUGUGGGCACUCCAUAUUACAUGUCUCCAGAACUCUGCCAAGGAGUAAAGUACAAUUUCAAGUCUGAUAUCUGGGCAGUUGGCUGUGUCAUUUUUGAACUGCUUACUCUAAAGAGAACAUUUGAUGCUACAAACCCACUCAACCUGUGUGUGAAGAUUGUACAGGGGAUCCGGGCCAUGGAGGUCGACUCCAGUCAGUAUUCUUUGGAACUGAUCCAGUUGGUACACGCCUGCCUCGACCAGGAUCCUGAGCAGAGACCCACUGCAGAUGAACUUCUGGAUCUCCCCCUUCUCAGGAGACGCAGGAGAGAGAUGGAAGAAAAAGUCACUCUGCUUAAUGCACCUACAAAGAGACCAAGGUCAAGCACCGUGACUGAAGCACCCAUUGCUGUGGUAACAUCACGAACCAGUGAAGUCUAUGUUUGGGGUGGUGGAAAAUCCACACCCCAGAAACUGGAUGUAAUCAAGAGUGGCUGCAGUGCCCGACAGGUGUGCGCAGGGAACACCCACUUUGCUGUGGUCACUGUUGAGAAGGAACUAUACACCUGGGUGAACAUGCAAGGGGGCACUAAACUCCACGGUCAGCUAGGACAUGGAGACAAGGCUUCCUACCGACAGCCAAAGCAUGUGGAAAAGUUGCAAGGAAAAGCUAUCCACCAAGUGUCAUGUGGUGAUGAUUUCACUGUUUGUGUGACAGAUGAGGGUCAGCUCUAUACCUUUGGAUCAGAUUAUUAUGGCUGCAUGGGGGUGGACAAGGUCUCUGGCCCUGAAGUGCUAGAACCUAUGCAGCUGAACUUCUUCCUCAGCAAUCCGGUGGAGCAGGUCUCCUGUGGGGAUAAUCAUGUGGUGGUUCUGACACGAAACAAGGAGGUCUAUUCUUGGGGCUGUGGUGAAUAUGGACGGCUGGGUUUGGAUUCUGAAGAGGAUUACUAUACACCACAAAGGGUGGAUGUUCCAAAGGCUUUACUCAUUGUUGCAGUUCAGUGUGGCUGUGACGGGACCUUUCUGCUAACCCAGUCAGGCAAGGUGCUGGCCUGUGGACUCAACGAGUUCAACAAACUGGGCCUGAAUCAGUGCAUGUCUGGAAUCAUCAACCAUGAAGCAUACCAUGAAGUUCCCUACACGACCUCCUUUACCUUGGCCAAACAAUUGUCCUUUUACAAAAUUCGUACCAUUGCCCCAGGCAAGACUCACACAGCUGCUAUUGAUGAACGAGGCCGGUUGCUGACUUUUGGCUGUAAUAAGUGUGGGCAGCUGGGUGUUGGGAAUUAUAAGAAGCGCCUGGGAAUCAACUUGUUGGGGGGACCCCUUGGUGGGAAGCAAGUAAUCCGGGUCUCCUGUGGCGAUGAGUUCACCAUCGCUGCCACCGAUGAUAAUCACAUCUUUGCCUGGGGUAAUGGUGGCAAUGGCCGCCUGGCAAUGACUCCCACAGAGAGACCACAUGGCUCUGAUAUCUGUACCUCAUGGCCUCGGCCUAUUUUUGGAUCUCUGCAUCAUGUCCCAGACCUUUCUUGCCGCGGCUGGCACACCAUUCUUAUUGUUGAGAAAGUAUUGAAUUCUAAGACCAUCCGUUCUAAUAGCAGCGGCCUGUCCAUUGGAACUGUGCUCCAGAGCUCCAGCCCAGGAGGCGGCGGCAGUGGUGGUGGUGGCGGCGGUGAAGAGGAAGACAGUCAACAGGAAUCUGAAACUCCAGAUCAAAGUGGAGGCUUCCGAGGAACACUGGAAGCAGACCGUGGAAUGGAAGGUUUAAUCAGUCCCACAGAGGCCAUGGGGAACAGUUGUGGGGCUAGCAGCUCCUGUCCUGGCUGGCUUCGGAAGGAGCUGGAAAAUGCAGAGUUCAUCCCCAUGCCUGACAGCCCAACUCCCCUAAGUGCGGCAUUUUCAGAAUCUGAGAAGGACACCCUACCCUAUGAAGAGCUGCAAGGACUCAAAGUCGCAUCUGAAGUUCCUCCACAACACCAGCCCCCAGUAGGAGCCUGGCCCCCGCGGCUGAGUCCUGCAGGACCGUGUGCUGGGAAAGCACUGACCUCUCCCGCUUGUGCAUGCAGCACUCUGCAGGUGGAGGUUGAGAGGCUGCAGGGUCUGGUGUUAAAGUGUCUGGAUGAACAGCAGAAACUACAGCAAGAAAACCUCCAGAUUUUUACCCAACUACAAAAGCUGAACAAGAGAUUGGAAGGAGGCCAGCAGGUGGGGAUGCAUUCCAAAGGAACUCAGACAGCAAAGGAAGAAGUGGAAAUGGAUCCGAAGCCUGACUUGGAUUCAGAAUCCUGGUGCCUCCUCGGAACAGACUCUUGUCGACCCAGCCUCUAGUCUCCUGAGCCCACAUGGCCCUCAGGAAACUGGGACCCAAAGAACUUCACCACACACUUAUCAAGUGCAGAGAGCAGCUUUCCUGGCUUUGUUCACUUGCAGACACGGAGCGCAGGGCAGAGGGAGGCUCUAAAGCACUUUCCUUGUGCACUUGGAGAGUGGCAUUGCCUUUUAGAUAGGAUCUAGGCGUGAUUUUACUGUUUUGGAGAAUGGAAGGGUCCUGUGGCCCUGGCUUUGUCAUCAGUGACUGCUACAGCAACAGCAGCUCUGUACCUCAUCUUUUGAUCCCACCUUUGAAGAGGAGACACAGUACUCACCUUAAUUGCACUGGUAGCAGCUCAUAUUCUGUUUAUUAUUUUCAUCAUGAAUUGGAAGCUGCCUUGGGAUUUUAGCACCAGGCAUUGCACAUCUGGAUGGAGGAAGGAAACAUGUAAAGAUGGAAUAGGCUGCCCAGGGUCCUCCAGAGGGAGGUAAGGUAUCAUGCCUUCUCAGAAGCCUGGAGUCCAGGAAAUUUUACUGGUAGAGUCAGUCUAGGGCUUAUUUUCAGGAAGUUCAGGUGCUUAGUGCAGCUGAGUGAUUUUUGAGGAAAGUGUACAUUGCUUUCACGAAGCUGUUUGAAACAUCAUCAGUGAGGAGCUGAGAAAGGGCAGGUCCCUCAUCACAAUAGCCAAACUUGGAGGCAACGGUUAGCACAAGGUGGGAUUUCCCAGCUCUGGGGACUCCUCCAAGUUAGGAGGUAUCUAAGAGAAUCAAGAGGGAGGUCACACUCCUUUUAGUGCCUUGCGUUGGUAUCAGAGAGGGCCGCAGUGGCACUGAGGUCUUGGCCCCUGUGAAGGCUUCUUUGUACCUCUAGUGCCAAGGCCCUUAGGGGGCCGAUUGGGAUAAACAGCCCCAGGCACUCCCUUUCUAUGUCUAGUCAGUAUUUUUUCCCCUUUGGUGUGUUUUGAAGCCAUGUCAUACCCAACAAAUCGGUAUCUUUUGUACUUGAGUGGCCCAAAGCCAGUACCAAAUCCUAGGGGUCCCAAGAGCUUGACAGGUAGAACCUGCCAAAUGAGAGGAAAUUGGCGGCAAGCUCCCUUCUGCUGGGUUCUUGUUGAGAGGAGCAAGCUACCUUUUCCACAGACAGUAUAUGUCCUAGAAGAGCCAACCUUCUGGGCAAGCAUUGACGGUUUCCCUUAAAUGUGAGCCUUCUGCUUCCCCCGGGUCUAAUGAACUGCUUGUGUUUGGGGCCACAGCAGCUGCUUUGAUAAGUACCACAUCCUCUGUGCUGUACACAGCUAAAUUAAUAUUGUCUCACUUAACCAAACCAAAAAGGCUUGCUAUCUAUUUUAAUAUUGCAGGAGGAAUUUUGCCAUUUCCUUAAACUGGUAGUGUAAAGGCUGGUGCUGGGAGGAGACCCCAUCUCUGAGGAUGGGCAGCUCUGUCUGAUGGGAUCAUUGGUGUCCCACUGUACAAUAGUACUAAUAUAAUCACAGAAGCCUUCUCCCAGAACAUGGGAAGGGCCCAAUCCCGACGUAAGAUUACGAGUUCAGGGGUCUGGCUGUUGCCUGUAAAUCCUGUCAGAGGUUUUGGUUCAUCAUGUCGAUGUAACUUUGGUUUUCUUCAGGACUGGCUGGCCUUUCAAGGUCCUGUAUCCUGCAUACCAUCUCAGCAGGCCUGAGAGGCGGGGCUUAAGGUGUUCAUUAAGAGCACUGCUUUGCUCGGAGCUGAGGGCCAUGAGCAUGUUACAGCUGACUGUGGAGUGACAGUGAGUGUUGAGGGUCAGGGGCCCUGGGGAGUCAAGUCUAUAUGGAGCAUGUUGGUCGUUUUCUCUAGUAUAUUCCCUUGAGAAAUCUAGGUUUGCUAUUAAUCCAGCUGAGAAUCUAAGUUCUGUGCCUUAGAGACAAUUUGCACUUCCCAGUAUUGUGCCUAGGACAGCCAUAAAUAAGAUUACCCCCGCCACCACACAGCUAUGCAAACAGAAACCAGUUCCAAAGUCACGGCCAUGUACUGGGUUGAGUAAAAGGCAAGACAGCAGAAAUAUCUUCAAAUGGUUUUCUAUGGCUAACUCUUGUCAAUGGUCCUGGCUUAUCUUCUCUGUAGUGCUAGUGUUUGAAGCUCUCCAGUAGUGUUGCCUUGAGUUACAGUAUAGCCUGUGUUAAUCCUCUGUGCCAACACUUUGCUCAAGAGCCAGCUUAUUGUUAGCCAGACGCUAAAGGAUGAGGGUGGAGUGGUGUGGCGUUUCUGUUUUAAAUAAACGUUUAAACUGAGCUAAUGUUGUGCUUCUGUAAACCUGUACACCACCUCAGUCACCAG